AAACGAGCCGAGCGGGGCCGCGCGAUCGCAGUUGUACCGCGCUACCGAGCGAGUCGCACGUCCUGUUAUGCCCGAGUGGUGACCCACGCGCUCUAGACAUGGAGGAGACCCCUCCCGGCCCGGUCGUGCCCGAGGACGAGGGCAUCGCCGCCGACCGCCGCCCGUCCACCGACGACCAGGCCGACCUCUCCGACUCCGCCUCCGACGCCGGCUCCGGCGGAGGCAAGGACUCCGGCUGCGAGGUGGCGCCCGACGCGCAGGAGCCGCCCUACACCCCGCCCGACGACGAGCUCGCCGAGCGCAUCGUCGCGCAAGUCGAGUUCUACUUCUCCGACGCCAACAUCACGAAGGACGCCUUCCUGCUGAAGCACGUGCGCCGGAACAAGGAGGGCUACGUCUCCCUCAAGCUGAUAUCGAGCUUCAAGCGCGUCAAGCACUUGACGAAGGACUGGCGCGUCGUCGCCGAGGCGCUCAAGCGGUCCACGAAGCUAGAGAUCAACGAGCCGGGCACGAAGCUCCGGCGGAUCGACCCGCUGCCGGCGUACGACGAGACGACGCCCUCGCGGACGGUGGUCGCCGUGCGGAUGCCCAUCGAGCGGCCCACGGUGGAGGCGGUGUCGCGCCUGUUCGCCGGCUGCGGGGAGAUCGCGCUCGUGCGCGUGCUGCGCCCCGGCAACCCCGUGCCCGCUGACGUGCGCCAGUUCCUCAACAAGAACCCGAGCCUAGUGAACUGUGUGUGCGCGCUGGUCGAGUUCACCGAGUCGGAGGCGGCGCGCGGCGCGCUGCGCCUGCAGAGCUCCGACGAGGAGGGCAUGCGGGUGUACGAGCUGAACGGCGUCCCGCGCGAGGCAAAGCGCAAGGUGCCGGUGCGGCGGCCGACGCCGCGCCGCCACGAGUGCGAAUACUCGUCCUGCUGCAGCGGCUCUGAGCCCGAGUACGACUACAGGUACGGCGCCCCGUUCUACCGGCGCAGCUCCAGCGGGUACUUCGCGCCGCGCUCGCCCGAGAUCCAGACGUGGGUGCCACGGCGCGUGUCCACGUGCAGCCACAGCUCGGACUCGGGCGUGUCGUUCUGCGGGUCUCGGCGCGCGUCGGCGGCGAGCACGGGCAGCGGCGGCAGCGCGGACGGCUGGCUGGCGCGCCGGCUGUCGGGCUGCUCGCUGACGGACGGCUGCGGGCGGCGGCUGUCGUGCGCGCCGCGCCUGGAGCCACGCGCGCCCGCCGGCCCGGACGGCACGCGCGGCUUCCACGCCGCCGCCCGCCAGCGCCGCAUCUCGGACCUCGCGCUGUACUCGCGCUAGAAAGCGGCCGCGGAGCGUGAUACCUUUCUAAUCGCGUUGAGUAACUGCCUUUCACGUUCCGGCCGCCGAGCCGAGGCGACGAGGAAGAGUUUCGUGCUCGCGUGCCAGUUUCGAGUCGGGGGACGUUUCGGGGGAGGUGGCUAUGGAGACUUAUUUUUACGAUUUUUAUUGUGAUCGAAGUCUAGGCGGGGCCGACGUUUAAUUUAUACGUUUUUCGAUCGUAAUUUAUUGUAACCUAGGAGUUAUUUAUUGUAUUUAUGUGGCGCGCGCUGCGGGGAGUUUUCGUCCGCGAUGUUUGAGUUGUGAGCACAAAAAACAAAUGCAAAAUCGACAUUCAGAGAGAUCGUAGACUCGGGAGCGGUGGGCGAGGGCGGCGGGGGGCGGCGUUACGCAAGUGUAAUUAUUGCGGAUCCUAUGCUCAAUGCACUCGCGAGAGUGUUCAAUGUAAUAUGCUAAAUUGUUGCCGGUCGUUACUCAAACUAACAGACGCAGCUGUCGUAACCGUUGAAUAACUUUAUCGGCAGACAUUGCGCUCGAUUUUGCAAAAAUCUUGCCAAUGUGUCUCGUAUCUUGUAGGAGACAUCAUUACAAAAGUCAAAAUCAUAAUAGAAAUGUAACCUUUAAUCCUACAUAAAUUAUAAAUAAGAUAAAUGUACGAACCGAACUAAAAUUACAAGGACAAGGCUUCGUA